CUCACAGCAUCACCCCGGGUAGGCAUUCGUUCUCUUCUACUUCGCAUCCUUCUCCUUCCUCCGCUCCUCGUCGUCAGAACCCCGCGCUCAUCGUGCGUCGCUACAUUGGACACGACAGAUAUCUUCUCUGUAGGGCUUCAACCCGCCGCGUCAACCCGCCGGGCAUUAGAGAGCCGGAGAUAACCGAAGGAGAGAAGCUUCAUUGCCUGCGUUUUUAGCGGUGUCGGUGGACACGAUAACGUUCACUCCACGAGCAAACUUUUUUCAGCGCGUUUUUUUGCCCGAGUGAAGAAAGAAAGAUCGCCAGCACACACGUCACGUCAUGCCAACUUACGAACAGGCGGUGUACUGCGUCAGCGUCACGCUCGCCGUCGCCAUCUGCGUCGCGUCGGCCUAUCCAGCGUCGUACGGCUUGCCAUUGGGGAGAGAAGAGGUGGGUCAGCGGGUGCGGCGACCGGCGGAUGACUACAAUGAGUACACGACCAGCGACAAGGAGUCCAUGAACGAUUUCGCGAGACUAGUAUAUAAGAGACUACAGGACCAAAUACUCACCGGCGUAUAUGGGAAUCCGGAACCGAAAACGAUGAAGGCAGACAUCUACAGAAGAAACUAUCUAGGAAGCAGCGCCUCCUCGCGGAUGACAGACGACGACUCAUUCAGACCAUGCCACUUCAAGCUGUGCCCUUUAGGAGGAACCGGACGCCGAGGAAGGAAAUAGACGCCGAAGGCGUCCUCUAUAGAGAUUUAAUCAAUUGGGGGCGCUUGAUUUGGCGGUAAUUAAAAUAAAGACUCGUUCUGAUGCGCGCGCGUACUAGGCGGCAAGGUCUUCUAGUCACGUGUCACGCGCAUGUCAACAAUCCGCCCCUUCUGCUCAUCACUGCUGACGUCACUACAAUACCACGCCCACAGCACUCGCGGUGAUGAUGCGCUGCACGAGUCCGUACACGCAACUAUCUUGACACAAUCUAAUUAAUUCGUAACGAAGAAUAGGGAAUUAAUGAGGAAAAUUUUUGCAUAUAUUUUGACUAAGCUUAUAGUGUCGGAUACGCAAGUGACGCAUAGAACUGUUGAAUUCAAUCACUAUCUGAAGACAGACACUGAAUAAUAAACGGUUAACCUUCUAUGAAUCGGAAUGUAAGACUUGUCCUACCUAACAUAUCCGAUAUUUAUAUAAAAAUGAUGACAUCUCACUAUCUAAGACUAUAUGUCAUAGUGCUGUACUAUCGUACUAUUACAUGCAAACACGCAGCAACAGACGCAAACAUGACGCAUGCAGCUACGCAGGCAAACAAAAACGAGCAACAAACAAACGAGGAAUGUAAAACGUGUUAUUAUAGCGUUACGAAAUGUCAAUUAAUAUUCUUUAUUGGGUAAAUCCAAGAACGUCUAAAUUUGUUAUACUGUACUAGUAUUACACAUAUCACAAUAUUGCAGUGUUCUGUCUAAUGUGUAAAUAUCUAGACGAAAUCAACAACUAUAUAAUGAGAAAUUGAUGAGCAAUCGCACAAGAUGUACCUACUUAUUGACUAUGUAUCCGAAAUAAAUAGAAUAUAUUCUAUAAUAUA